AUGGGCGCCACGAUCAACGAGAUCCAGGAAGCCUCCAAUACCGACAUUAAGAUGAACCAGGACACCAAGGAAGCCGGCUACAGCUAUGCGAUUGUCACCAGCAUCAAGAACGUCGAGGCGGAUCUUGAUACUGCUGAGCGACUGAUCAACGAGAAGAUCGCCGGCGGAGGUGGCGGCGGCGGCGGAGGAGGCAUGCAGCAAGGCAGCCAGCAACUCCCGACACCAGCUGGAAAUGAGACCAAGGAGCUCCGGGUGGACAAGGUCCACGUCGGUGGUCUCAUUGGCAAGGGUGGAGAGGUUAUCAGGGGGAUGACCUCCGAAGCGGGAUGCCAGAUCCAGAUCGAUCAGACCUCGCCAGGCGAGCAGGCAACGGUCAUCAUUGGACCCGGCUCGGUGGAGCAAGUCCAGCGGGCUGAGGAUUUGAUCAACGCCAAGAUCAUGGAGAAGUCUUGGGGCAAGGGCGGCUGCGGAGGAGGAAUGGGCGGAAUGAGGCCUAUGGGCGGCUAUGGCCCGAGGCCGGGCGGGCUCGGCGCGGUCCCGCCACCCAUGGGCUGCGGCAUGGAAGGUGGCCUUGGCAUGCCGCCGCGACCACCCGGCAUGGGUGGGAUGCCGGGCAAUGUGCCUCGACCGCCCUUGCCUCUGAACUUGCCUCCAGGCAAAGGAGGCCCUAUGAACAAUUCCUUCGGUGGCGGCUGCGGAGGCUGUGGCUGUGGAGGUGGCUGCGGGGGCUGCGGCUGUGGAGGUUGUGGAGGCUGUGGCUGCGGAGGCUGCGGAGGUUGCGGCUGCGGAGGCAAAGGAGCUUGGAAUGGCGGGGGAUCCUAUGGAGGCUGCGGAGGCCCUGGUUGCGGUGGUUGUGGUUGUGGUGGCCCUGGCCUGGGCGGCGGUCCCGGUCUAGGUGGUGGCGGCCUUGGUGGCGGAGGCCUCGGUGGAGGCGGCAUGGGUGGCGGUGGUUUGGGUGGUGGCGGGCUGGGCGGAGGGGGAUUGGGAGGCGGCGGCCUAGGUGGCGGUGGCCUGGGUGGCGGCGGCCUGGGCGGUGGCGGUCUGGGUGGUGGUCCUAUGGGAGGUGCACCCAUGGGAGGUGGCCUCGGUGGUGGAUGCGGUGGUGGCUGUUACGGCAAGGGCGGUCCUCAGCAAUGGGGCGGCCAGCAGGGAUGGCUUGACGAUGGGAAGAGCAUGAAGAGCACGACGUUCGAUCUCUGCUCGGCCAAACCAGGCAUAAGCGGCAACUUCGAGGCAGGCGAAUCAAGCGCAAUCUCAGCACGUACGGAGAAGCGCGUGAUGAAAGCUGCAUGUACCCGAGAAGUCGGUUCACAGCAACGUGAGCUCUGGGCUGAGCAGGCGAUGAUUCUCGGUUCAGUCAGAUCGACUAAACUCGUGGCAUCAAUCAUGUUUGUCGCGAGUGGCGAUGACAGCUUCGUCUUCCAGACUCCAUUCGCCAGAAUGGCACGGAAGGGCAGUCAGAAAUUCAGGGCAGGCAUGCUGGACGCGUUUGACUUCAGCGCGCUCGAAGAGAUGGACCCGUCCCUAUCCGAAGGACACCGUGUGGUUUACGAUCGCGAAGUGCCUUUCGAGCUGCGGGUGCAGGACGCUGAGUCAGGUCCACAGGAAGUGGGCACGCUAGAGGCGAUUCGAUGCAAGAUCCUGGCACUUGGGGAGGAGCUCAGCCCCCAACACUGCAGGAUUGAGCUGACCAGCGAGAACGACCUCUUCUUUCACUUCGUCCAUAGCGUGGACGAGCACAGCUUCAGAGAGAUGCAGGAGCAGCAGAAAUUGAUGAUCGAUUUCCCGGACUACGUGGCCGUGGUCAUCAAGAUGCUCAACAACUGCAUCAAGGAACCCCAUAGCUUCCUGGCCGUCUUCGUCAUGCAGCGAGACGGCCACGCGCGCUUGGACUUCAUCCAAAACAUGGAGUACAAAUUCGUAGAACUCCUCUCCUGCGACUUCAGGGCUUCGCCGGAGGAAGUCGUUCGGCAGCAGAUCACGUUCCGGUAUAACAGCGUCAAAGGCCGGCUCUCCCUGAUGCAGGCGAGGCUUUCGGACAUGAGCGCGCUGGUCAAGGUCAAAAACCCGUCUUUGCUGCUGCAGCUUCAGAAGGCCCCCAGCCGGCCUACUCCGAAGCGCUGA